AUGAAAAAACUACUUUUACUUUUCCUCAUCUGCUCCUUCAAAAUAUGGGCCGAAAAUACAAGGGCAUCAAAAUUCGCAAACUCUAAGCGAAAGAGAAAUGGCAAUACAAUGCGAGAAAAUAAAUUGAACAAUGGCGACGUGGACCAGUACAGCUUCCUCUCCUUGAAGGCGGCAAACGACCAGAAGGCUGCCAACGAAAACGACAGCAACAACGCGAAGAAGGAAAAGGAAGGCGCGGAAAACAGCAACGGUAAUGAAAAGAAAAAUGAAGAGAAUAGCAGUGCAAACGAAAAAAGGAACGACGGAACCAACGCAAAUGAUAAAAAAAUGGACCUAAGUAAUGGCCAAAGUAAUGACCCAAGUAAUGGCCAAAGUAAUGACCCAAGUAAUAGCCAAACUAAUGGCCAAACUAAUGGCCAAACUAACGGCCAAACUAACGGCCAAAGUAAUGACCCAAAAAAAAAUGAAGCCGUACCACCAGAAAAAAAAGUUAAUAAAGAAAACUUGUUAGAGCAUGGGACCUAUGACAAAGAUGGCCAUUAUAUUCCUUCCUAUAAAACACUGACAAAUGAAAUUCUGUCAACAAAUAAUUCUCUGGAAAAAGCGUCGAGCUUCCUAAAAAUCGCCUGCUCACACAUCAUGAAAAUUGUGGAGUUCAUCCCGGAGGGUAAAUUGUCGUCUCAGUACAUAAAGGUGGAGUCGAAAAACGUGUACAUAAAGGACAUCAAUUCGGAAUGCCAAAAUAUAUACUUUUCGCUCGAAAAAUUAACCAUGACAAUGAUUGUCCUAAAUUCAAAGAUGAACAAAUUGGUCUACGUCCAGGAUAAAUAG